CCCUGGGACUGAACUGCCCUGAGCCCAGGCCCCUGUUGUGUGGUGACCCCUGUCCUGCAGAGGAGCAGCUCCGGUUACACUGGUCAGAGCCGGCCCCCUCCUCUCCCCGCCCCCUUGCCCUAUGCUGACCACACAGGGCUGGGCGGGGGAGGGGUUGGCGCCACAUUCAGGGGCUCCGCGUGGAGACCUGGGGCGGAACCCAGCCCCUCAAAGCAGGGGCAUUGGAGGGACCAUCUGCUGUGGCCUCUUCCUUUGGGGGCCAGAGAGGCCCAAGGAGUGGCGGGAACACCAGAGCAGGGACAUUGCAUAAGGCCAGCAGGGUGGAUGCUGGUGGGGAGCAAGGGCCUGAGGUGGUGUCUGGCCAGUCAGCCCAGUGAGCCCUUCUGCCCCAGUGUUCUCCAUGCCGGCCCUACAGCUUUUGCUCGUCGUCGGGCUGACUGUUGGGGCGAGUCUCCCGCUAGAACUGGGGAGUCACCCAGGGGUGUGCCCCAACCAGCUCAGCCCGAGCCUGUGGGUGGAUGCCCAGAGUACCUGUGAACGCGAGUGCGUCAGGGACCAGGACUGUGCUGGGGCCGAGAGAUGCUGCACGAAUGUAUGCGGGCUUCGGAGUUGCGUGGCAGCCCGCUUCCCAGACGGUGAUGGGGUCCCUGAUGCGCCUGACCUAGUGGCCUCCUGUGAGGGCUUCGCAUGUGCGCAGCAGGGCUCAGACUGCGACAUCUGGGCUGGGCAGCCUGUCUGCCGCUGCCGGGACCGCUGCGAGAAGGAGCCCCACUUCACGUGCGCCUCGGACGGCCUCACCUACUACAACCGCUGCUACAUGGACGCUGAGGCCUGCCUGCGCGGCCUGCGCCUGCAAGUGGUAUCCUGCAAGCACGUGCUCAGCUGGCCGCCCAGCAGUCCGGGGCCACCCGAGGCCACAGCACAACCCACGCCUGCCGAUUCCCCGGUGCCCCCGGCCCUCUACAGCAGCCCCGCCCCGCAGGCCGUGCACGUAGGGGGCACAGCCAGUCUUCACUGCGAUGUCAGCGGCCGCCCUGCACCCGCCGUGACCUGGGAGAAACAGAGCGACCAGCGGGAGAGCCUGAUCAUGCGGCCGGACCAAAUGUAUGGCAACGUGGUGGUCACCAGCAUCGGGCAGCUGGUGCUCUACAACGCCCGGCUGGAGGACGCCGGCCUGUACACAUGCACCGCGCGCAACGCCGCGGGCCUGCUGCGCGCCGACUUCCCGCUGUCUGUGGUUUCGCGGGAGGCCCCCAGUGCCCCGGAGCCCACCAGCGCCUGCCAGCCCAACCCCCAGGCCUGCGCAGGACCCCCCUCCGGCCGCGUCCUCUGGCACUAUGACCUGCAGCGCGGGGGCUGCAUGACCUUCCAGGCCCGCAGCUGCGAUGCAGGCUUCCAGACGUACGACGCAUGCCAGCGGGCGUGUGCACGUGGCCCAGGGGACGCCUGUGCACUGCCACCCGUGCAGGGGCCAUGCCAGGGCUGGGAGCCACGCUGGGCCUACAGCCCGUUGCUGCAGCACUGCCACCCUUUCAUCUUCAGCGGCUGCGACGGCAAUGCCAACAACUUCGAGAGCCGCGAAAGCUGUGAGGAUGCCUGCCCCGUGCCGCGAGUGCCUCCCUGCCGUGCCUGUCGGCUACGCAGCAAGCUGGCGCUGAGCCUGUGCCGCAGCGACUUCACCAUUGUGGGCCGUGUCACUGAACUGCUGGAGGAGCCGGAGGUCAGCGGGGGCAUCGCGCGUGUCGCCCUGGACGACGUGCUCAAGGAUGACAAGAUGGGCCUGCGCUUUCUGGGUACCAAGUACCUGGAGGUCACACUCCGUGGCAUGGAUUGGACCUGCCCCUGCCCCAAUGUGACAGUGGGCGACGGUCCGCUGGUCAUCAUGGGCGAUGUGCGGGAUGGGGUGGCUGUGCUGGACGCGGGCAGCUACGUUCGCUCCGCCAGUGAGAAGCGUGUCAAGAAGAUCUCAGAGCUGCUGGAGAAGAAGGCUUGUGUCCUGCUCAACCGCUUCCAGGACUAGGCUCCUGGGGGCAGAGCUGCAGUACAGGCUGAGAGGGCGUGUGCCUCCCAUGCAACCGAUCAGGGUUCGAUCCCCAGCAUUCCA